GCUACCUGUUUACCCAGUCAUUUCCCCAGACGUCCUCCUCCACACGUGCAAACUCCACUCUUCCCUUUCUAUGGUGCAACAAAUCAAAAGUUACACAGCCCCUCUACUAUUCUUAUUCCUCUCUCCCCCUUCUGUGGUGCAACAAAUUAAAAAGUUAGAGAGAGAAAAUAAAUACAGAGAGAUAAUUUUUUCUUUUUCUUGGUCUUGGUGUUAUUAUACUAGUCUUGUUUUUGGGUUUUUGUUGCACACACAGCUCCGCCCCCCUCUCUCUCUCUCUCUCUCUAUUUUUCUUUCUCUUCUUCUCUUGAAAAAUCUGACCCUUGAUAUAUAACCAACAAAAGAAAUUUGACCCUUGAAAGAUCAUCUUAUUUUUCUUGACAAGCUGUGUUUUAGAUGGUUGUCUGAUCAAAAUCUUGCAGUAAAGAAAGAGUCAAAAGAAAAUCUUGUCUUGCACUGAUGAGGAUCAGGAAAAGACAAGUGCCGUUCCCUCUCGCUUCUCUAUCACCAAUACCUCUUUCAGAUCUCCAGUUGCAUCAGUCGCCGGUAGUGCAACUUCAAUUGCACCGUAACCCACAUCGCAAUCCCUUUCAAGAAGACGACACAGCUGCCUAUUUUGAUCCUCCCUCUUCUCGUCAACCACAUCAACCGAUCGGGGACGAGUUUUUCUCUGAUGCUACUGUUGCUCAUCCAGAGGCCACAGAUUGUCCGGUUUGGUUGCAGAAAGAUGAGAGAGCAGCUGUAGAAGGUGAAAAGAGUAAUGAUACCAGGAAGGGGAAUUUCUUGGGUGCAGAAACAGAAAGUAUAGUUAUUCUUCAACAACCAAAUUCUCCCCAACAAGCAGUAGGGAGAUGGUACGAGGAAGAAAAAGCAUUUCCAUUGAAGAAAAGGAGAGGGAACAUUGAAAGAAGUUCGAGUCAUGAAGAAAUGUCAACGAAGAAAGAUAAUAAGAAAAUGAAGACAAAAAUGAACAAGAGAUGUCUGCAAAGUAAUGUUAGCCAUGAUCAAGAAAUAGGAGAAGACAAUAAGGAAACUAAAGAGGGUGUUGUUGAUGGCGGUAGUAGUACUGGUAGUACUGCUACUAAUGUUAAAAAGAGAGCAAGGGGUGGUGCACUUAUGGAGGGAUCGCGGUGCAGCCGUGUUAACGGAAGAGGAUGGAGAUGUUGCCAGCAGACUCUUGUAGGAUACUCUCUUUGUGAACAUCAUUUAGGUAAAGGAAGGCUAAGAAGUAUGACAAAUGUUCGAAACCGAUCCAUGGCUAGUGCAACUGCUGCACCAAAGAAGGCUGCCAUGCCCUCUCAGCCAUUGUCCAGCACCACAUUUUCAUCAUCAGAUGAUAAAGAUUCACAAAAGCAUACGUCUCCAGCUGAUAAUAACAAGAAUGAUGUUGUUGAAGAUCACGAAGGAAGAGAAGAAAAGAAACCGCUGACGGUUUCAAAGAGGAAGAAGAAGCUUGGAAUAGUCAAAGCUCGAUCAAUUAGCAGCUUGUUGGAGCAAGUAAAUAGUGCAAUUGCUGUUGAUGAGAAUAGCAAGUAGGGGGGCAAAUACCCUUUCCGAAGCAGAAUCAGGAUCAUUUAAUGUUCUUGUUCGAGAUUCUUUAUAAAGAACAGAUAGGUCCUUGAUAAAGUUUUUUUUUUUUCAUUUGUUUUGUGCUUUUGUCUAGUGCUGCUCAUUAUGGGCAUUUGUUGGAAUACUAUAGUUAAUUAUAAGAAAAAGAUAUGUGUGUGUGUUUAUUUUCUGUUUAAUGCGAGAUUAUCUGGCUAAAUUUGUACUUCAA